AUGGCGAGAAUUGUCCACAGCAAGAUCGAGGAAGCCAUUCUCCAUGGCGACCGAGAAGCGAGCCAACUGGUGGAAACCCUUGGCCAGGUCUUGGUCGACAAAAGCUCCCACUCCUUUCAACAACCUCCUAGCGUCCCAGUCCCGAUCCGCCCACCUCCCAGGCUGCCCAAACCCUCCGUCAUGGGCCAAUGCACCGAGGAAGAUGACUCAUCCGUGCUUGACGAGGCGCUGCGAGACGAGACGGCGAUCGACGAGGAGGCUCCGCCUGAAGAAUGCUCUGCACAAAAUUUUGCGAAUGGUGGUUGUGCAACGGUGGUACAGAUAGCAGAGCGUUGCAGUUCGGCGGCGAAAGAAACGACUAUUCCAUUGACGCGUAGACAGUUGAUUUGGCGGUUCUUGGUGUUGGCUGUAGUGUGUGUCGCGGCCUCCCCGACGUACUUGUUCGGUCCCUUGGUUCAGGAAGGUGUGUUCGCAUUGGAUUUGUAUCGGCAGCAGAUGUGUGGUGAGCCACCACACGCUCCUUCGUUCUUCUUUGGUGCACCGGUACCGCAACCGGCGGCGGUGUGUGCAGUACGACAUCAUUACGUCUUGAUGCUGACGGUUUUGGCGCUGGUUUUCGAAGUUCUGCUUGGCGGCAUCACUCUCACUCUCUACCACCGGUUGCCUACUAAACUCACUCUCUCACUUGGCUUGUGUGUCCGUGCGGCCGCUCUACUAUGGGGCUCCAGUCUCCGCUCUCUCACUGCACACAAACCCCCUCGUGAACUUACGCUUUUCUUCCUCGCACUUGGCGGAGACCCUGUCUUCUUCCUCGCUCUUGUACUUGCCGUGCACCUACUCGCCGCUUACCCCCAACGCAUCGUUGGCGCUUUCAUGACUAUACGCUUCCUCGCCGCCGCUGUCCUCCUCUACGCCGCCCACCCCCGACCGGCCAUCACCGCGACCCCGCACUACCCAAGACGCGAAGACGAUUAUUCAAGACACGAAAACCACUAUUCUAGACGCGAGCCCGAAGACGGCCUCGCCUACAUCCUCGACCUGCCCGGCACGCACCUGGCCGGCCAGGGCUCACUGCACUCUUCCGACUUGCAGGCUGCAGCAGAUUUACAAGCUGCUGAUGAUGAUCCGCACGAUGCCCAACCUGGACCCCCAGGACCAAACCUAUCGGGCUUCGGACCACCAGGACUCGGCCCUGCAGGACUGGGACCACUAGGACUCGGCCCUGCAGGACUGGGACCACCAGGACUCGGCCCUGCAGGACUGGGGCCGUCGCCCAGUCAAUUCGAACAACCACCCAGUCGGUUCGAACAACCACCCAGUCGGUUCGAACAACCACCCAGUCGGUUCGAACAACCACCCAGUCGCUUAGGACCGGGUAUUGUGGCGGAGUCAGUGUCGGUGGCGUUGUUUCACGGUUCGUUGUUUGUAUUGUUGGCAGCGUUUUUGAGUUUGGCGUUGGUCAAGCGCAAGAGUUUUAAAAAGGACUUGCUGGCGAAGGGUUCACGGGAUCGCGACCCAUGGCGGUAUAGUAGUUGUUUGGAGAGUACGGCCUACCAGGAUUCAUUGAAGCGGUUGGAGUCAUUGCGUUCAGGUGUGGCGAAUGAGUCUUUGAAACGUCAGCUACUACAGUCUUCAGUAAUUGCACGGCCAUCAGUGCGGAACACGGCGCGGCAAUUGGUGUCUCUUCGUGGGUUGCUACUCGGUAUUUCCACGGGUCUUAGUUAUCUCGUGCUCUCAACAACUCUUGGUACCAUGAGAUUGGAUAACGAACGUCCGGCACUCCUCUUUGUGGCUAUCUGCGCCCUCCCUAUCUGCUGUUUCGGCAAGUUCCUUGCACCGCAUAUCACGCUGCUCUACCCUCUGCUACUCUGGUUCGCACCUCGACCACUGAGCGUCGUCAGCGCUCUGGUACUCUCUCUCCUCAGCCAGUGUACCGUCUUCGGCUACUUCCUCACACGUCGCACAUUCACACUUCUCGGAAUCAUCCUUGCACUCUCCGGCCUCGCCGCACUCAACGCCUUCUACCUCGUCGUUUUCCGCGCACUCCCGACCCUCCUCUGCACCACCGCUCUCAUCAACGCCCUACUCCUCACAGCUCUCGGAAUCAAACACAACUCGCUCCGCUAA